UUGUUCUUGUCGGAGCCGAGGCUUUUCAGCCGGACCGCGGAGAUUUGCAGGUAGAUGUUGGUGAACUGCAGCAGAUAAUGGCAACACAGCAGCAGAUGAUGGCAAAGUUUGCUGACAAGUUGGAGGACAUAGAGAAGAAUCAAAAGACCAUGGCGACCGUACUUAGCGGACUUGCAGGAAAAGAUUUUGGCAGCCUGUCGAGAAACAGACGUCAACUUCCAGUCGAAAACGGCGACGUGAACGUUACCGAGCAAACUGAAACAUCAGCUUGUACCGUGAGUCCCGGGUGCCCGUCCGGCCGAGAUGGUCGGGACGGCGCGCCGGGCCGGGACGGGGCUGCGGGAAGAGACGGGCAGCCGGGACCACAGGGGCCGAUAGGGGAGAAGGGCGACAUCGGGCCGGAGGGACCUCCUGGAGAGAAGGGAGAGACAGGAGCGGACGGGGACGGAGGAGGUUCCGUGUACAUCCGCUGGGGAAGGACCACCUGUCCGAAUGAUACCGACACGUCACUCAUUUACGACGGCAUCGCUGGAGGCACAGACUGCAGCCACAGCGGAGGAGGCGCCAACUACGUCUGCCUGCCGAAGGAUCCUGAGUGGGGAGUCUUCACGGAUGGAAACCAGGGUAGUGCGUACAUGUACGGGGCGGAGUAUCAAGUCGACCAAUUCGGAAACAGCCCAUUCCAAGGCGCCUCCGUCUAUGAACACGACGUCCCCUGCGCUGUCUGCCACGUGGCGUCUCGCGGCUCCAAGCUGAUGAUCCCCGCCCGUCUCAGCUGUCCUAGCGGCUGGACCCGGGAGUACAAGGGAUACCUCAUGACCGAACGCUACACCCAUUACCGCUCGGAGUUCGUCUGCAUGGACGGGGAGCCCGAGACUAGGCCGGCUGGACACGUGAACCAUAAUGGCGCGCUGUUCUACCCGGUAGAAGCCAGCUGCGGAUCCCUGCCGUGUCCCAACUACGUGCAGGGCCGUGAGCUGACCUGUGUGGUCUGCACCAAGUAACGGCCGAGUCGUCAACGACAAGACGCCAUAGCGCUCGAGAUGUGUGAAGUAGACAUUGAGGCUAAAGUAAAGCCAAGUAGUCUGCCGAAUAAAGUGAUCAUUGAAAGCUUA